AGCCCUAGGCCCCAAGGCGCUGUCGCACGGAGUCGCGCAGCCCGCUGCCUCUGUGUGGCGGGGAUCCCAGCCCCGCGUGGCGGCCGCUGGUGGCUGGCUGCCCCCUCACCGCCUUGGGCUCCCGCGAGCUCCCAGACCUCCUCGGGCAGAAGGGUGAGAGCGGACUCGAGAAACGUGGCGAAGCCCCGGGCCCACGGCGGUUCGCUGGAGAGCGCGGUGGUGGCAGCCCGGAUUGGGAACCCAUGCCACACUCACCUGCUCAACUGAGAAAGCAUUACCAUGCCAGGUAAAGGGAAGAGAAAGGGCCAGGGCCGGUCCCACCGGAAGAAGCCGAAGAAACCGGAAGUGGACAUCCUAAGCCCGGCGGCCAUGCUGAACCUCCAGUACAUCGCGCACAACGCCGCCCACUGCCUGUACCUGCGCGGCUUCCGCUGGCCGGGCGCCACCAAGUCCAAGAAGGGGAAGAACAAGAUUUAGGAGAGAACUUGGGGACGAGAGAUCAGGGUAGUAACUACAUUGCAAGCAAAAAUAGACUUUACUCAAGACAAGUUGAGACGCAAGCUAAGUGUGCUUUUCUGUGGUCAUUAGUGAUAAACACGUUUCACUUCCUCAGCUAAACGCGGGUACGGUGAGCCGCUUUGGUUUUUCAGAAGUUAAGAGGGGGAAAAAAGUGAGUAAUCCCCACACAGUGUGGUGGAAUUGGUAGGACUUUAAAAAAUUAUUAGAAUUCUGGGUCAGAAUUAAACUGCACUCUCCAAAGGCAGUUCCUAGCUUGCCUGAGUUUUUUUUUUGGGGGGGGGGGGGUUCCCUGCCAAAAAGGGUACAUAUUUAGAGAAUAUAUGGAAAAGCACAGGAUUUGCUUAUGAACAUCCCUUUUGGGGGCACAGUUCCAUUUCCUUGUCUUUUUCAGGAAAAAUUAAAUUUUUUUUUCUUUAA